AUGGAGCCGGAAGAAAGACGAGAGAGAAAGGGGUGGGGCCAUGGAUUCCGGGAGACGCUUGGAGUGGAAGAGUGGGUGUGGAGGGGCGUGGCUAUCACGAAAAGAGAGGAGGAAUCAGUAGGUGGGCCGGGCCUGCGGAAAAGCGGAGCCCUGGAGAGGGCUGACUGCGGGCACUGUAGUUCGUUUUGCUCCAUUGUCGUGCAUAGCUUGGUCUCUACUUUAGUACCCCAGCGGCGACUGCCCCUGGCUCCCCCAACACCAUUGUGCUGUGCUGCUCCGUGACCCCUUGAGCACUUAGUCAAGGAACAUGGAAUAAGUGCCUGCCUGCCCAGCUGGAUUCCAGAUCAAUUAGAACCGGCUUCUGCUCUCCAGGACCUCAGAGAAUUGCAACAUAGUGUAAUAAGUGCAUUGCUGUGGGGGCCAUCUAGGAGCAGCACUUAGCAUCAUUUGCAUGUAUAGAGGAUGAGAGGAAGGUAUGGUGAAGGAGCUUAGGGAAGACUUCCGGGAGGAGAUGGUGUCUAAGCCGAGUCUUGGGAAACAAGCAAGAGUAAGAUAAACUAAAAUAGAAAAAUAGAAGUUUCAGAUAAGGCAUGUAGUUUUAAAAGUAUUUUACCGGCUGGGCGCGGUGGCUCACGCCCGUAAUCCCAGCACUUUGAGAGGCCUAGGCGGGCGGAUCACGAGGUCAAGAGUUCGAGACCAGCCUAACCAACAUAGUGAAACCCCGACCCUACUAAAAAUACAAAAAUUAACUGGGCGUAAUGGCGCGCGCAUGGAAUCCCAGCUACUUGGGAGGCUGGGGCAGGAGAAUCGCUUGAACCUGGGAGGGGGAGGUUGCAGUGAGCCGACAUCGCACCACUGCAUUCCAGCGUGGGCGACAGGGCGAGACUCCGUCUCAAAAAAAAAAAAAAGAAAGAAAAGAAAAGAAAGUAUUUUGCCAAUAUUAAAUACCUGGUUUUUAUCAUUGUGCUAUAGUUAUAUAAGAUCAUAACGUUAGGGGAACAUGGAUAAGGAAUUUAUAAGAACUCUGUAUUAUUUUUGCAACUUUUCUGUAAGCCUAAAAUUAGUUCAAAUAAAAAGUAUUUAAAAAGAAAUAGAAGUUUCAGACCAAAGGAUCAGACCAGGGAAAGGAAGAAUGGACAGCAUGUGGGAGGUGCUAUAAGAACUGCAGUCAGUACAGUGUGUCGGAACCCUAGGGAACAUGUGAGGAAACAUUGUGAGAUGAGGUUGAAGACAUGGACUGGAGAACUUUAUAAACCCUGUUAAGGAAUUUAGAUUUUAUUUUUGGGAUGAUAGUUAUAAAGAAUUUUAUACAUAGAUUGAUAGUUAUACAGUAACUUUGCAAAAGACCAAACAAGCUGAUAAGGCCCAAACUAGAGUAGUUAAAAUGCAGAGAAGUGGACAUGUGGAUUUUUAGAAGGUAGAUCACCAUGGUUUGAUGAUUGGGUGGAUAUAAGAGGAAAAUAAGAGGAAGAAUUAAAAACUAAUGCUUAGUUUAUAUAAAUUCAAAAACAGGUAAAACUAAACUGUGAUAUUAGAAUUCAGGAUAGUGAUUAUUCUUGGAAAAACAUUGACUGAAAGGGGCAGAGUGGGGCUCCUGAGGCACUGGUGAUGUUCUGUUUCUUGAUCUGAGUGCUUGGUUAUAUGGGUGUGUUCACUUUGUGAAAAUGUAGUAAGCUAUAUACUUAAGGAUUGUACACCUUUCUCUGUGUGUGUUUGUUCUGGUUACUAUGCUAUGUGACAAACCAACCCAAACUUAGUGUCAUAAAAACAAUAGCCAUUUUAUUAUGUGCACAAAUUCUGGGAAUUUGGACGAGAUGCAGCAGGAAUGGCUUGUCUCUAUUCCAUGAUGUCUGGGGCCUUAUUUGUAAAGCUUGAACAUCUAGGGGUGAUUUGAGGCUGGUGGCUGGAAGCAUCUGGAGGCUUCUUCAGUCACACAUCUAAUUCCUGGGCUGGGAUAAUGAAAAAGCUGAACUCAUUGGGGGAACUGUCAAAUAGAACUUCUCACAAUGUGAUGGGUAGGUUCCAAGAGGGAACAUUCUGAGAGGGAGCUACCAGACAACAAGCAUUCCAAGAGAACCAGAGGGAAGCUGCAUGGCCUUUUAUGAUCUAGCCUUAGAAGUCAUACAACAUCACUCCUGCUAUACAAACUAUCACAAGGGCGUGGUGUUGGAGAAUUUGUGACCAUUUUUUUUUAACUGCCACAACGUUAUACAGUAAUAAUAAUAAAUGCUUGUCACAGGUUUUUGCUGAAAGGGCAUAGAUAGGAAUUCUAGAAGAAAAAGUGGAGGAAGAUAAUGAGCUCAGUUAUAGACCCAAUGGGUUGAAGGUGACUGCAGGAUACCCAAGUGGGAACAUCCAGUGAGCAGUUAGUCAUAUAGAUAACCACAACUCAGGGAGAGUUCUCGGGAGCCACUAUAUAGGAAAGGAAGUCCUGUGGGUGACUGACGUCAACCAGACAGAGUUAGGAGGAUGGCAAAAGUAGAAAGCCUAGAACAGAAUCCAAGAAAAAAAAAACACCAUCAUAGAAGGAAUAGACAGAGGAGCUUAUGAAAGACACUAAAAAGAAAUAAACAGAAAACCAAGCCAUUAUGGCAUCAUGAAGGAUUUUAUUCAUUUUGUUGCAUUACUUUGAAUAUUGUCUUUUUAUUUCAACAAGCGUAAUACUUUGCAAAAAGAAAUUAAGAAGCCAUGGGAAAAGAGAGUUUUUCAAAAUUUAAUUAGGGACCACAGGUUUUUCUUCUAAAAAACACUCCAAAAACACAAACCUGAUUUUAUCACUGAACUGUGCAAAACUCUUCGCAGGUUCUCUAUUGCCAUUGGGUAAAAUCCAAGCUUUAUAACAUGGCUGACAGAACUCCUCCUGAGCUGGCCUCUGUCUAUCAUUCAACCUCAUCUCUCACCACUACCCGCUAGUCCCUCUAAAAUAAGCCAAUUGAUAUUUGCCCAGUCACCCAUGCUUUUUGAUAUCUCUAUGCCUUUGCCCACUCUGUGCACUCUGCCUCUAGUGCUCUUCACCCUCCCAUCUCUGUACCCAACUCCUAUUCAUCCUGCAGAACCCAGGCUCUGUAGGGACACUUCAUGUGUACUAUAAUAGCUUUCUAUGUAUCCACCUAACAGAGUACUCAUCAGUAGCCUGGCAAUGACUGCUGCUGUUUAAUUACCUAAUGUGUAAUUACCUGCCGGCCUGACUAUUUCACCUAGCAGACUGUGAGCUUCUGGAGAGGGGUGAGUGUGUCUUAUUCAUCUCCAAUUCCUAGUACUUAGCACAAUAUUGGCCUGGCACACAGAACACCUGCCUAUGGGUGUUCUGAUUUUGAUUUGUUGACUGAGAAAGAUGAUAGCAGUGAAAGGAACAUCAGGUUGAGGGAGAAAUUAUAGGGUUUUUGUUUGUUUUGAUAUAGGAGAUAUUUAAGCAGGUUCACAAAAAGAGAAAAGUUGAAAGAUUGGGAACCAUAAAACACAUGGAAUAGUUGGUAGGAUCAGGCACUAGAAGUAACAGAAGGAAAUGAAGACAAAAGCACCAUAGGAUGGCCCCUAUCACACUAUCUAUGACAGUGGUGUGAUGGGGGAAGGUAUAUGUGGAGGUAGAUAUGGGUAGGAAGUAGGUUACAAAAAUAGAGCUCACUUCUCAUGUGAGAGGCAUCUCUUUGUCCCUGGAGAAUAGUUUAGCACCUGACAUAAAUGAGCCAUUCAGUAAUAGUUGUUAAAUAAAUAAAUAGCGAGGCCCAAAAAGAAUUUGCAAAGAUAAAAGAGUGAGUGUCUGAUCCUACACUAAAACUCAGGUCUUCUGACCCAGAGGACACCUAUGGAGCUCAGUUGCUGUGGAAAGAGGGGAGAAGGAAAACAGAGACAAGACUCAGGCUUCCCUCUGAGGCAUGUACCCCCACCUUCUCCAGGGAUCUCAUUAGAGGUGUUUAGCUGGGCAGGUGUAAGCUCAGGCCCUGGGAGACAGGGCAGAGUGCUAGAGCUAGACUGUCUCCACCCCUUCAGUAGCGCUAGUUCUGGUUGUGUUGCUAAGAGCCUCAAAGACAAAGAAGUCACAGCCGGAGCCCAAGGGCAGCCUCCUUCAGGCAGUCAGGCACUAGUCCCCAACUCCAGAAGUCCCCUACCGGCAGAGAGGGUGGGGACAUCUCACACCCCAGCACCAGACCACAGAACCAUGAGCCGGGACACCAAAGUGAAGACAACAGAGUCCAGUCCCCCAGCCCCAUCCAAGGCCAGGAAGUCGCUGCCUGUCCUGGACCCAUCUGGGGAUUACUACUACUGGUGGCUGAACACAAUGGUCUUCCCAGUUAUGUAUAACCUCAUCAUCCUCGUGUGCAGAGCCUGCUUCCCCGACUUGCAGCACAGUUAUCUGGUGGCCUGGUUGGUGCUGGACUACACGAGUGACCUGCUAUACCUACUAGACAUGGUGGUGCGCUUCCACACAGGAUUCUUGGAACAGGGCAUCCUGGUGGUGGACAAGGGUAGGAUCUCGAGUCGCUACGUUCGCACCUGGAGUUUCUUCUUGGACCUGGCUUCCCUGAUGCCCACAGACGUGGUCUACGUGCGGCUGGGCCCGCACACACCCACCCUGAGGCUGAACCGCUUUCUCCGCGCGCCCCGCCUCUUCGAGGCCUUCGACCGCACAGAGACCCGCACAGCUUACCCAAAUGCCUUUCGCAUUGCCAAGCUGAUGCUUUACAUUUUUGUCGUCAUCCAUUGGAACAGCUGCCUAUACUUUGCCCUAUCCCGGUACCUGGGUUUCGGGCGUGACACAUGGGUGUACCCGGACCCCGCGCAGCCUGGCUUUGAGCGCCUGCGGCGCCAGUACCUCUAUAGCUUUUACUUCUCCACGCUGAUCUUGACUACAGUGGGCGAUACACCGCCGCCAGCCAGGGAGGAGGAGUACCUCUUCAUGGUGGGCGACUUCCUGCUGGCCGUCAUGGGUUUCGCCACUAUCAUGGGUAGCAUGAGCUCUGUCAUCUACAACAUGAACACUGCAGAUGCGGCUUUCUACCCAGAUCAUGCACUGGUGAAGAAGUACAUGAAGCUGCAGCACGUCAACGGCAAGCUGGAGCGGCGAGUUAUUAACUGGUAUCAGCACCUGCAGAUCAACAAGAAGAUGACCAACGAGGUAGCCAUCUUACAGCACUUGCCUGAGCGGCUGCGGGCAGAAGUGGCUGUGUCUGUGCACCUGUCCACUCUGAGCCGGGUGCAGAUCUUUCAGAACUGUGAGGCCAGCCUGCUGGAGGAGCUGGUGCUGAAGCUGCAGCCCCAGACCUACUCACCAGGCGAAUAUGUAUGCCGCAAAGGGGACAUUGGCCGAGAGAUGUACAUCAUCCGAGAGGGUCAACUGGCCGUGGUGGCAGAUGAUGGUAUCACACAGUAUGCUGUGCUCGGUGCAGGGCUCUACUUUGGGGAGAUCAGCAUCAUCAACAUCAAAGGGAACAUGUCUGGGAACCGCCGCACAGCCAAUAUCAAGAGCCUAGGUUAUUCAGACCUAUUCUGCCUGAGCAAGGAGGACCUGCGGGAGGUGCUGAGCGAGUAUCCACAAGCACAGACCAUCAUGGAGGAGAAAGGACGUGAGAUCCUGCUGAAAAUGAACAAGUUGGAUGUGAAUGCUGAGGCAGCUGAGAUUGCCCUGCAGGAGGCCACAGAGUCCCGGCUACGAGGCCUAGACCAGCAGCUGGAUGAUCUACAGACCAAGUUUGCUCGCCUCCUGGCUGAGCUGGAGUCCAGCGCACUUAAGAUUGCUUACCGCAUUGAACGGCUGGAGUGGCAGACUCGAGAGUGGCCGAUGCCCGAGGACCUGGCUGAGGCUGAUGACGAGGCUACUGCUGGGGGUCAGAAGAAUUUCACAUCGUAUUGAAGUUCAUCCGGAAUCUGAAGAAUGGAUAGGAAUCUGGGGAAGAAAAGGAAUGGAUAGGAGAAUGCAUAGGGAGCAGGGCUGAAAUAGUAGAAGAGGCAAAUCCUGCCCCGAGAAGCUGAACACGGUUCAGUCCUGCACCCUUCAGCCCUGUUCCCGCUGCACCCCAGUGACCCAGUCCCCUUCCAGCCCCCUCUCGUGUGAACCUGACACCCUACACAGGCAGCUCUGCCUGCACUGAGAGCAAACAGGGAGCGUUAGCGUGUCGGGUGGGUGUGGGCGCUGCCUGGAGACGGUGGAGAAAGCCAACCGUCUCCUCCUCUUUUGCCUGCGCUGGGCCGGCGUUAGAAUUAUAUCCCAUCCUCACCUUACUCGGGUUUAUCCUUGUCAGUGCUUGCCACCACCCCCAACUGCCCUCAACACUCACGUCAGAAGCUUCCUCCCGGGAGCCCUUUCCCCUGGCAAGAAUUCCCUGGAGCCAAAUCUCGGCCCCGGCCCCACCCCCACUCCCGCCCAGCUGUGGAGGGCUCCUUGGGACACUUAAGUGGAAGCCUGAGUGUUGAGCCUCAGACAGGAGAUGGAGGGUGCGGAGACAGAUGCAGGAGCUACCCCAGUCCCGCAGCGAGGAGCUGCAGGGAAGUACGGUAGCAACAGUGUCACGGUCACUGCGGCCACUGCAAAACAGUACGGUAAACGCGGCUCUAGGCUCAGACUAAAGC